AUGCCUUGAAAGUUUUAGACAUGCCCAAAAUUGGUGUUCUUCUUUUUCACUUCCAUUAAUGGAAUCAAGACGUGAAGCUAUUCUCAGUGCGGAUACUAACGAAGAACUUAACCAACUCAAGGAAUUACUUGCAAAACGUGAUGAUGGAAGAGGACUAGCAAUCGUGGCGAGGAAUAUUAAAGAUGAUGAUGAAGCAGGAGUAAUUCACUUUGCUGCUAGAGCAGGAAAGUUGAAGAUUCUCAGAUACUUGAUUGAGGAAUUAGGACUUGAUGUCAAUACCAAAGAUAAAAAUGGUGAAUCCCCGUUGUUAAAUGCAACAAUGUGUGGGGAUAUGAACAUUGUUGAAUAUCUACUUGGAAAGGGUGCUGAUCCUGAGACAUCGAACUUCAAAGGUUAUACUCCUUUGCAUGGCGCUGCUUUGAAAGGAUACACGGAGAUAGUUACCAAAUUACUCUCUAGAGGUGUUAAUGUAAAUGCUUUAUGUGAAAAUGGCACACCCCUAGAUAUGGCUGUUAAUUUCGACCAAUUCGAGGCGGCGCAGGUUUUGUUGGAUCACAAUGCAAACCCUAAUUUAACUUGUGGCCAUUCGUUUACACCACUGACAGGAUCUAUUGUAUCUGGAUUUUUACGUUUCGUCGAGCCUUUACUUGAGGCUGGUGCUCACCCAGAUGGUGGAUCACAUGGACAAACGCCUUUGACAGCUGCGGCAACAGAUGGGCUAACAGAAAUAAUCAAGCGUUUAAUUCAAGCUGGUGCUAAUCCAGAUAUCACAAAUAGAUUUGGACUCACACCAUUAGAAAUUGCUGCACUCUAUGGUUAUUAUGAUGUUGUUGAGAUUCUUUUCCCUGUUACUUCUCGUAUUCCGGAAUAUAUCGACUGGAGCGUUGGUGGAGUAAUUGCACAUGUACAGUCUGAUCAAUUUAAGGAACAGAGGGAGCUGAAAGUCAAGGAGAAGUUUCACGAGGCAAAGUUAAGUGGCGCAGAUGCAUUUAAGAAACAGGACUAUUCCAAGGCAGUGGUUUGCUACUCACUGGCAAAGGACAUUGAUCCGGAUGACGCAAUUAUACUUUCUAACUUGAGUAUGUGCUGGGCCCGCAUGAAAGAAGGCACAAAGGCUUUAGAAGAUGCCAAUGCAUGCAUAAUGCUAAGACCAGAUUGGCCUAAGGCAUAUUAUAGGGCAGGUGUAGCGUACAAUUUACUAAAAAGGUACAGUGAUGCAGAAAAAGCCUUCCUCGCCGGUUUGGAGUUGAGUCCUAAUAGUCAAGAGCUCAAAGAUGCAUACAGGAAAGCUGUUGAAGCUCAGACUGGUGGCAUUUUUUGACUCCUGGGCCUUACUUACCAAACGUGGAACCUUUUUCUAGCCAGCCAAGCUUCUGGGUCCAAACUGACAUCGACCAGAUCAAUCAGUGCUUAGUCCUGUAUCACCGUCUAAUCCAGACCCAAACCUGGGAACUGAUCUCUCAAUAUUUAACUUUAAGAUGUAAAACCUUAUCUAGGAACAAGUAAUAUAUACCGACUUGUACAGUCACUGGUUUCUCCAGGUGCCCAAAAAGUUGUGAAGAAUUGAAUGUUGCUGAAUGAUUUGGGCAAUUUUCAUUGUCUCAAUUGGCCAAGUCCGACUUGUAAACUGCAUCUUUUGCUUAUGUCGUUCA